GCUGGCCUACCUGUUUUCCUUGUUUUUACACAAUGAAGUCCUUGUCAUUAAAAAUUGAACGGCUUUUUAACAAUGGAUUGCAGAAAAACUUGGGUGUUUUUAAAAGAUUCAAUUCGCUGUACUAUGAAUCGCGGUUCGUACCACGUAGGAUUCCCAAGUUUUACCAGCAAUGUCAAUGUAUGUUCAAAAUGGCUGCUAGCAAACGCGUGGUUAAACAACGGACGAUAGCCAUAUUUUAAGGGCAGAAGCAUUGGCAGCUACAGACAAGAAUCCGAAGACCUGGAAAGUCUUCAGAAAGCCUUACUGGAGUAUCAAAUCAUAAAGAAGUACAUCACAAACUGCUAGAAGCCAUUUAGGUAAGCUCGGAUUAGAGCAAGAGAAAAUGAUGGCAAAGAGAAGUAAAAAAUUGGGCACAAAGUGCUUUCGACCCUCUGACUGGUUAUCUUCAACGGAGCUACGCAGAUUACCUUUCUAUCCACAAAUAGGCGAUGAAAUCAUUUACUUCAGGCAAGGUCAUGAGUUCUACGUCAACAUCGUAAAGCAGAAAAAAAUAUAUGAGGUAAAUCCGAGUUCGCUUCCUUGGUCUAAACAGACAAUUGAUCAACAAGAAUUGGUUAGAAUCCUAUGCGUAACGUAUGAGGUCGAACCACCGAGACUCGUUUGCUUGAAGCUGGGCAGCCUCGAACCUAAAAAUGGAGCGUUGACAAGAAAAACUUUUGUCAUCAAAUACCAUGAUAUGGAGGAAGUGCCAGAUUUUUUGGUACUAAAACAGGAUUACGAUGCUGCUAUCACGCGUCAAUGGAAUUCAUCUCAACGUUUUCGAAGUCUCUUGAAUGACCAUAGCGGAGUCCAGAUGUGGUGGGAAGGCCAGUUCAUGAAGCGUGAGCCAUUUAACCCCGAAAUUCCUGAAUCCAUGUUUCUGUGUUACCUUGUCAGAUGGGACAAUGGGGAUUUAGACCGUCUUAGUCCAUGGGAUUUAGAAAACAUCGACCCAAAAAGAAAACCUUGUAGAGUUGGAGCUGGCGUUCGAGUGCUACCUAUCGAAAUUUUAAGGACAUCUUACAUGCCUGGGAUAAAUGACUGGCCUCCAGUAGGAGACCGGGACUCUGAAAGUGACCGUAUAUCUUUUGGAAUCAGCCAAAUUAUGGAUCUAGACGUGGCAAAGCAUUUCUCUUCCCCCGUCGACCUUGAUGAUUUCCCUACUUACGCCUCCAUUGUAAAGUAUCCGAUAGAUCUCAGUACAAUUAAAGCAAGACUGGAUCACCGCUUCUAUCGGCGUGUUGCAGCAGUUGAACACGACAUUCGCCGCAUACACAUCAAUGCACUCCUGUUUAACGAUCCUAAAAAGUCGGAUAUCGUAAAAAACUCUUGCAUCACCACUGACUUGUGCCUUGAGAUCAUCCGUAAUGCUGAUGUCGACGUGACUGCCUUGUAUCGUCAGUACCUUGAAGGUUGCAACAAGAAAGAAACUCGUGGGAAGUCCUCUGAGACAUCAAAUCGGAACGGGGAGAGCAGCCAACUCCCUCCUGGGGACAGCUCACUUAACGGAUUAGAUAAAAAACAACACAAUAUGGAACACCCAACAGAGGAAACUUCUUUUGCUUUUAAUCUCACCAAUAUUAUUAAAGAAUCCAAUCAAACCAGUACUCUCACUCGGAUACAAGGUCAAAAGUUCACCCCCAAAACGAAUCAGGUUGUUAAAGAACAUUGUUCCACGGAAGCAUCUUCAAUUUUUUCGAAAGGACACAUUUCACCGAAAUUAUCGUCAUUUAUCAAUGCUGACGGACCUAAUACCGUAGUCAGUUUAACAAUGGACGGCCACAAACUUGACGAAUGUUCUGAAUUGGAAAGUGUUCGUGACGAAGAGAUUACGAGCCAAACCAAAGAGAAAAUUAUUUAUCCGGAAGAAGUAAAAAUUGAAUAUUUGCCUAAGCCGAAGAAAGUAGCGUCCAUCAGUCCGUAUACAUUCCCACGCAGCGAUGAAUCGAAAGCCGUAAAUUUGGAAGAGAACGAUGUGCCAGCGCGUGUCGACCGAUACUCUCUGCCAAUGUCAAGAAUGGUGUCAAGAAGAAGAUCAGCUUUUCCUUUCCAUAAAGUGAUGAGAGACAAUUUUGAGGCCACCCUUUUGCCAGAACCCACUGUCUCUUCAUUUUCAACGGUUUCAACCUCAGAAAGUCCUAGAAGCAAAAUGUUUGAUCGACCCAAAGCUAGCUCAAAUCCUUAUAUCAUCGAUGAAACUUGCCAUCAGAAUUCAGAAAUUACCUUUACCACAAGUGUGAAAGAAAAAAGCCUUGAUUCAAACGAUGUUAUAAUUGAGUUUUUGGCAAAACGAAGGAAAACGUCUAUGUCAGAAACGGAUGUCAUCAGCGAUGAAGAUAUAGCAAGGAAUCAGGAAGAUAACUGCAUGUCUGCUUAUCGCGUCCAGAACAAGCUAACAACAACGAAAAGUGUUUCAAGGAAAAGCAGAUCCCUUACUCGUAAAGUAAAGAGAGAUAAUCUUGCUUACCCAUCAUUGGAGUUAACUCAUUUACCACUUACUAUGGUUUCAUCGACGAGUCAUGCUGGGACGAAAGUUCUUUCUUCACUCAAACAUCGUUCAUCUUUCCAUCAACGGUUUUGGAAUAAUCGUUCGAACUUGACUAGUAUUCGAAGUAAAGUACACGAUUCAUCGGUUACCUUCGAGAACUCAUCCAUUACUUCCGUUCCUGUGCCAAUCGCUGUUUCUACUCCUAUCGGAAGGCGUAAGAAUAACGAAGAUUCGAACACAAGUAUUGAGUUGAGAAAACCUCGUUUGCUAAGAAAUGGCACAAAUAAUGAGAUCAGUGAACAGUCACCUUGUUGCACCCACUCAUCAGGAAAUCUUUGUGACAUUAAGAAAAAGAAUAAAAGAAGAUUGCCCAGCUCAAGCGGAUGGAAUAUUUCAUAUUUUGAACAUGUGGCACAAGAAACAUCAGCCACGAAAUCUCCGAAAAUGCAAGAGCAGCCGUCACAACCUUCCCUUCUGAAUGAGUUACUUGCGAAGGAAAUGGUUGCUAAAAACUUGCACCCUCAGUUAAAUUCCUCCAGUAAAAAAGCAGAAGAAGCACUUGAAACUGUUAAUGAUAUACCUGCAAACAUCCACCGCUCCAUUGAAGUCCAAAUUGCAUCUCUGACCUCCGAGAAAUCGUUUUCGGCUAUGACUGACGCCCCACCACUUGCAGAAUUAGAGCGUGCUGAUUCCCAUGGCACUAGCCGUCAACCUAUAUCUUGUAGCACAUCGAUUUUCAAGGACAAUCGAAAUGAAGCCGCAGAUCUUUCUGCUUCUAAAGGCAAUUUGCUUUGCGAGGUGCACGAUAAGCCCCAAAAGCAGGAAGUCACUCCAACGUCAAGUAACUUUUUUUGCCCUCCAUUUUGUGAACAGUUUAAAGCUCCUGAUUCCCUUUUGAAGAAAACUCUCAAGAAAGAACAUCAUGCCAAGCGGUUGACGCACGAAACUAAGUGUGGAAGCAAAAAAGAUCAUCUUUGUGAAAUGACUACUGAUAAUCGGAGUGAAACCACCGGUUCAAAUGGAAGGCCGUCCCGUUCGCGUUCCAAAGAUUCUCUCAUCGCGAAAAUUCUUGCAGAAUCUAAAGUUGAUACUCCAAUAGAGAAGGUCACCAGUGGCAAAUCAGAAGUUAAACCAAGAAAAGAAAAAAAUCCAGUUAUUUCAGGCUCGUCGAAAAUAAAGAAACCCCAUGAAGAGCCUAUUAACGUCGCCGUUUCCAUAGAAGAAAUCAUGAAAAAGUACCUUGGCAGCGAGAUCUGUGACGAACAGCCAGAGGAGUCGAAAAAAGGAAGAAAGAAACGUCCAUUAGACCCAAAGAAAAAACGCUCUGACAAGAUUAUUUCAAAACGAGCUACUACAUUCAAAGAUAACGUUGAAAAUGUUGGCGAUGCGUCGAGCAACAUGGCCACGUCAGGAAAAACGCACAAGACAGCACGGAAGCGCACAAGUGUAAAAAAUGCAUCGACCAACGAGCAACUGAAUUUUGUAGAACGCAUUCUACGUGAAAGAAAAUGAGUUGCAUCAAGAUCUCCUGUACCCAUUUCCAUAACCAAGAAAGAAAGAAAAUCUGCAAAGCAUAACGCCUCUGUGCCAGAUCCAACCAGAUUGGAUCGCUUAAUCAACUUGUUACUUCUGGACACAACCAAGAUGGUAUUUGUUUAAUUCAUUGCAGCUUUUUGUCUGCUUGGUUUUUUAAAAUUUUGCGCCCUAUUUAAUAAACUAGAAGGGUUGUUUCUUAACCGGAUGGCAGUUCCUUUGAAACUAGUUGUCCAAAGCGACAUUGAUAAUGGUUUUUCUUACGUUAAACACUUAUCAUUGUUUGAAGCUAAUCAGUUGCACAAAAAUCCCCUUCUUACCACAUAGAGACAAUUUAAUUCCUUGUGCAAUGCUCGUAAAUUAUGUAUGUUGACCUGAUCUUCGUUAAGUUAAGGCAAAUAUUGAACUCCAAACAGCUUAA